AUGACGAGUCAAGAAGUGGAAUUUCUUACUCCUGUGCAAAGAUUGUUUAGGAAGCGGGAUGCUGAUAUAAAAAAUACACGCGAUAAUGUUCAAGAAAAAAAGACUGAACUGCAGUGUUUAGAUGAUGCAAUAGCUCGAGCGAAGCGGCAAAAUUGUGGCAAUAGAAUGAUGUGCGGAAAUUGAAAUACCUCAACUACUAAAGACGGGGCUAAAUAAAUGUACAAAAAAUCUUGAAAAAAGAUCGAUUUACGACAAUCCACGCAAGGAAAUCCUUAUCGACCAUGGUAUAAAAUUUCCUAAGAGAUCAAAAUUGACAGAUGGUUCUUCACCGAGUUCAUUUAGUAGCAAACAAGAGCAGGAAGAUUUUGUGCUCGCUAUUGAGCUGCAAAAUGCUUUGAACCAAUCUAGCAAAAUAGAAGAAACAAAUCCAGUCACGACCCAGCCUGCAGCUACGCAGCAUUUAUUCCCUAGCGUCAAUCAGCAGAUUCACGUGUUAGUGCCUUGUGAUGGUACGAAGCAACUUUCAAGUUGGAAUCAAGAAAAUUUUGAUUCUGCAAUAAACAAUUAUACUAUUACUACAGCCGCAGGUAUCAUAAACCACGAGAACAGGGGAACUAUAGAUAUGAGGCAAACUGCUCAUGUAACUCCAAUUUCUAGUAAUAGAACUUAUCCACCUCUAGCACCCGCGGCUAAUUGUCUUGAUAUUUUAGCUCAUGCCGCCCUUUCGGAGACAAUUUCGCCCAGUUGUGAGGAAGACGAAUAUUACAGUGAUGCAUGA